AUGCAAUACACAAAUCUCAAUGACGGCUCUGAAAUCGGUGAAGACGACAUCGAUUUCGGUACUGAUCCUGCUCCUAAACCACAACCAGAGCCAAGUUCAGAACAACCAAAGCCACAACCAGAAACAGAACCAGAGCCAAGCUCAGAACAACCAAAACCACAGCCAGAACCUCAACCAGAACCAAGUUCAGAAAAACCACCAAAACCACAACCACAACCAGAGCCAAAGCCAAGUCCAGAACCAGAAACAAAAUCACAAACAGAAGCAGUGAAACCAGAAAUCACAGCAAAUCAAGAUACAAAAGAUAAUGAUAGAUCGAAAGAAGGCGAUAAUCAAAAGGAAACUGAAGCCAAAAGAAAGAGAAACAUUUUCAUUGGAGUAAGCGUUGCAAUAGCCGUCGGUUUUCUCGUAUAUUACUUCGUUACACGUCCUGAAAAAGUUGGCGAGGAUUUUUCAGCUCCUCUGAAUAGUGAUACAGUAUAA